AUGAAAGACUGCUCUAUUCGUAGCAAACGCACUCAAGCCAAGUCCCAAGGGAAAAAGCCCUUUGCUAUAGCAGGACGAUUGCCGCCCAUUGAUAAGUUCACAGAAAGUAGCGCCCUAUCAAGCGCCGAUCCAUCCAUUUCGAGGGCUUUAGUUUGCCUUCCCAAGGUAGAUGAUAUCCAUGCCUUUCAGUCGCUAAUAGUACCUUUUCAGGUAAAAGAAGGCGACUGCGGCGCGGCCAACAAAGUGAGCUUAUGGCCCUUUCGUGGGAAGCGCGGCGUUCUUCGAAAAGAUGCUCAAGAUUGCCCUCGAAGUAGCUCCAAAGCCCCUUUAUCUUUGCAACUCGAAGCUUUCAUCCGGAAGGAGCACCGCCAGUACUUGAUAGAUCAUCCCGAUUGUAGCCGUCUCAACACCUUGCACAUUUUUAGAGAAGGUCUCUCAGCCUUUGUGGAGCAUUUUAAAGAGUACAAACCUGUUCUUAGCCUCAUUCGAGAGGAGUAUGACCUCACCAUUAAAGAGGUCACCGAUCAGAUGACGCGAAUGGGGGUGGAAAAUUUAGAAAACAAAAGCGAUCGCAGCGUUCACGCGAUGGAGCUGAUUCAGCUAAAGGAAAGCCUCAACGCGACCAUUCGCAAUCAGGAAGCACAGCUGCGGGCCACGCUGGGGAUGGUGCACAGUUUACGAGAUCAGUUAUCGGCUUCCGAAAAGCACAAUGCGCAGCUCAAGCUAGAAAUGGAGCAGAAAUUAAAAGGGUUUGAGGAGGCCCAGGGCAAGAUUACGAUGUUUUCCAAGUCGUUAAUUGACGAAAACUCCCGCACCGCCGAGGCGAUCAAGGCCUCCACGAAAAAAGAUAGCGAAAUUAAACUCCUAAACUCCCGCAUCAAAGUCCUCGCGGAGGAGGUGAAUGAUCUAAAGGAUUGCCUGGGUAAACAGACCCGGGCGCGGAUGGGAAUCUACGGAUCCCUCACCCGAUCUCACAUCACCUCCCAGGAGGAUAAUGAGGUGUCGUCGAGUCUGGGUAAUUCCCCUAUCAGCACGGAGGCCAACUACACGUCGGAAUACGUCCAUCGCCUGAUCACCCGCAUUGAUGGGCUGGAGGGCGAACUUGCGAUAGUGCGCAAUAACAGCACUAACAGCACUGGCCUGAGCCUCGGUAAACCGGUUGGAAGUGGAGUCGUUCCCGAGACGCCCAACUUUCCCGCGGAUUCGCCGGAAGCGAUAGGGCGAUCCCACUCGUGUCUUGUCGUGAAGGAUGAUUUUCCCAUAAUACGAGAAUGGUUUCGCUUGGAAGGGAUCGGCGAAGCGGAGUUGGAGUCUUCGGAUACUUUGCUUCCUCCAGGGCUCUGUCAGUCUGAAGAACUUGCUUUUCUCAAAGCAUGUGCUCCCGUUAAGAAUAGACGCUUUCGACAGGAUGUUAUUUUGAAACUGAUCGAGGAUUUAUGGGAUUCUCGUGAGCGUCAGUUGAACUACUCAAAGUUCCAAAAUUUCUUUAUUGAGUGGCUCACAGCGAAGAGUGGAUGCUCGUCAGGAAUGAAGGAGCUAGGGGUUAAUUUCUUGCAGGGUUGCCAACGGAAUUCUCACCACCCGGACUGCCGCGUCUUGCUGCAGAUUCUGCGAGGCUUCUUGCCGGAGGAACUUGUUCGCUCUUGUCGUCAGCAGCUUCGCAUGUUAUUUGAAACGUGCAGAGAUUCCACCGAGCUACUGAAUGGAGAGAUACCUAUUAGUGUAGUGAGCGAUAUAAUUCGAAGCAUAUGGCCGGAGAAGUAUCACGCUCAUAUGCUUCAGCUUCGCUUUUAUGCCUAUCGACAUACCAGCCAACCUGACAAGGUUAAUAUUGACGAUUUGUUUUCCUCGAAUUCUUACUUUGUUACCAUGCUGAAAAGUCAGUAUUUUCGUGAAGUGGAGGAAUUCACUUUAUCUGUUGUAGAGAAAGUGCGGAUGAGUUCCAUUGAGGAUAAUGGGAUGAUUUCGGUUGCUAUAGUAAUUGAAAUAAUUAAGAAGUUAGAUGAUGGACUGACAGGUGAGAUUAUUUCUAGACUUUUGUCAAAUGCUUUCAAGAAAACAAUAGUGGAUAUUCUUUCAUCAGAUGUUCCUAUUCGUGUAGAUGAUAUUCUUCACCACUUUAGGAGUAGCAUUCUUCUUCGUCGUGUAACACCACCCGACUGA